AUGAGCACCUACGAAGAAGUUUCAAAGCGAACCUCAUUCUUUUGUGACAGCGUUAUCCCGCAGGCUGCCUCACCAGAUUCCCUCAAGAACAGAGCUGUGGACCUCCUAGUUCACGGUUUUAUAAAUGCCAAUGAAGACUGGAAUUCAAGACGUCUUCGAUACAAUUUGAAGAAAUACGGCAAUAUUAAAGCUGAAAAGCUGGGGAAGUCUUGCAACGACUUCAGCAUUUCGCAUUCGCAGCCUGAUUCUCUUCUGAGAUCUUCCCUCCGUCGACAGGUUGAUCUGAUGACUCAUCUUGGAACUCCUACGCCUUUCUCACCCUCUGGCGUUUCUGCAUAUCGAAAUAGCGCACUUCGGACAUUGAGUAACCUGUUCAUGGACACUGCUGUUAGGCGUCGCCGGAAUCAUGACCGAAGUAAUGGUGGCUUGGUUCUUCAUCGAAUGUCUGGAUUUGAGCCGACUGUUUUGAAAUUACCCGCCGGUACAAUCGUUUCUUCUCCUCUCUCGAAUGAAAUUCUGAUGUCUGAUACGACUUGGCGAGCCUCACAUGCAGCACCCGAACAUCACGAUCGGAACCUCGAGGUUCUUAAUAACCAGGAAUCACAGCGCACACCUUUGUCUCAUGGUACAGCUUUGCGUUCUGCACCGGUAAAAGGUGGUGCAACUUCAAGAGAUUUCAGAUCUCACAGCUGCAUUGAAUUACAUUCAUAUUCACUAAAAACCCUUUCCAGAGGACCCUUGGAUUUACCAGUCAGUGGACGGCGUAUAUUCUUCCCUUCAACCUCCACGUCACAGCUCUCCAAGACUCCUGAUCAAACUGAUGGCUUUGGUGACAUGCUAGUGGACUUUGCAGUUAAGCAGACUCAUAAAUCGAAAGAUGUGGCUGCUUUGGAUGCACAGAUCGCUUCUCACCUCGAAACUAAAAUCUCGGGUGUAUCAGCUGCCCCCCGUCUUUCUAUGGUUCGCCCUCCUCCCCUCAAUCUUGGUCCCACAUUAGCCUUUACUGAAUCACGAGGUACUGAUUAUGGUGCCAAUUUGGACGUCAGAGGGUCAUCCUCAUCCCCAGACAAUCAGAGUUCCCAUCCCCUCAAGCAUCCUUCUGCAAAACACGCGGGGCCUGAUGCUGGCACUCCAUACAUCAUUCGUCCUCGUGUCCAUCGUGGUGAAAACUCUUCGACACCCAUGUCUCCUUUGACACCAUUGAUCUUGUUAAAACCUGACCACCAUAAUAGCAGCAAAUUGUUAGGUCGAUAUAGGCAAAGUGAGCCAUUUCGAUUCUUGAGUCAUUUCUUCCGAAGGUCGAAACCGACGGAUGAAAUUUACCGUCAGGUGGAUGACAGCAUGCUGGAUUAUCGGCCUUACUUCACCUACAUGUUGUGUUUCAUUCACCUCCUGGUGAUGAUAUUCGCCUGCGUUGGAUAUGGUUUUGCACCGAUCGGCAUCAACCUGGAGCGCACAGUGAACAAACAAGUGAUGAUGCCCUCUCUGGACAUUGAGAACGUGUGCAGAGUGCAGGACGAGAAUAUUUGGAUUGGACCACAACAGGCUGACCUCAUCCGCAUGGGUGCCCUUUUCUCGCCCUGCAUGCGUGUUGACGACACUCUCAAUAGGGUGGUUGUGGAGGCGCAAAAAAAUUGGGACCGAAGAAGCGGUUGUUGCGUCAACAUGAGGGACGGCACCUGCUACCAGUCAAGCCGUCUUUUUUGCUCUCGGAGUACUUCCACAUGGUUGCAUUACUCGGACAAUCAUGACCUACUAGUGGCUGAGGCGCUGCUUGAUCCACAAAUGGAGAGUCUCACCUCUCAAUCCGACUUCGCAAAUUUUGGAUCCACCACUCGACCGUCCAUUGGACCCGUAUGCGGACUGGAUCCCGAGUUUUGUGCCGAGCCGCGCUCCACUGGACCGUUCACCUGGUCCUCUACCGAUGUCACUGAAUGGCCCAUUUGCGCGCACCCUGUCAACACCUCCUCAUUGGCCGGUUUUGCGCCCCACAUGGAGUGCGAAGUGGUAGCGCGGCCCUGCUGUGUCGGACUCAAGGGUGAGUGUAUCAUCACUACCCCAGUACACUGCACUUUCCUCCAGGGUCAUUACCACAGUGAAGCUCAUCUCUGCUCGCAGGUUCGGUGCUUGCAAGAAGUUUGUGGAAUGAUACCUUUUGUCAUCCCAUCAACACCCGACCAGCUAUCAAGGCUAUUUGUAUCGCUAUUUCUACAUGCAGGAAUUUUGCAUUUGGCACUCAGCUUGUUUAUUCAAUUGACCGUAAUGCGUCACUUGGAGAAAUUGCUUGGCUGUGUGCGAAUUGCUACAGUCUUUAUCCUCUCUGGGUGUUUCUCCGGCCUGGCCUCUGGAAUAAUGCUGCCAUACCAUGUUCACAUGGGGCCAACCGGGGCACAUUUCGCGUUGUUCGGGGUUAGUCUGAUGGAUUCACUGCAGACAAUUGACAUAUUCGUAUCACCUUGGUCGGUGAUCCUCAAGCAGGUGGUGUUGGUUGUUUUCGGAGUUUUCAUUGGUUUUCUCCCUUGGCUGGACAACCAUGCACACAUCUCAGGUUUUGUGUCGGGCGUCCUUCUGUCUUACGUGUUUGUGCCCUACCUGGGGUACGGCAACAAGAACCAACUCACCAUGUUGCGUGUCGCCAAUCUGAGAAAUCAGACCAUAGCCGGUGACUCCGACCACGAGAUUUACCAACACAAGCUAGAGGAACUCCUCUUUCAUAUGCGUCGCCGCAAGUUGAAGAAUAACCAAGAGGGUACGGUGAACGCCUACGAAUUCGGCGAAUGGCUAACGGGAGCUGCCCAAGUCCCACUCAGUGGGUUCAUUUACGCGUAA